GCCCCCCAUGGCCGUGGAGAGCCCCAGCGUGCCCCCGCCCAGCAGCCCGCACUCGAGCCCCCCGUCCCCUUCUCCGGCCGCCGCCCUCCACAGCCACAGCCACCACCACCACCACCACCACGGCAGCCUGGGCCUCGGCGGCGCCAGCGCCCGGCCGCUCCAACAACACCACCACGGGCCCGGCCCGGACGAAAGGGAGGAUGGGGAGCUGGAAGAAGGGGAGCUGGAAGAUGAUGGAGGUGAGGAACCCCACAAUGCUUCAGAGUCACACGAGAAGAGUCGGAAGGAGAAAAAUGAGAAGCAUCACACUGACUCAGAUGAAGAGAAGACUCACCGGAGGAAAAGGAAGCGUCGGAAAGAGCGUGAGAAAGAGAAGCGGAGGUCAAAGAAGAAAAGGAAAUCCAAGCAUAAGCGCCAUGCCUCUUCCAGCGAAGACUUCUCAGACUACAGUGAGGACUCGGAUUUCAGCCCGAGUGAAAAGGGGCACCGGAAGUACAGGGAAUACAGCCCCAUCUACUCCUCUUCCCACCAGCAGUACUCGUCAUCUCACAGCGCCCCAAAGAAGGGAUAUUCCAAAAUGGAGAGCAAGAACUACCCCAUAUAUGAGGAAUAUGAGAAUGAGGGCUAUUGUGACUAUGAGGGAGAGGAUGAUGAAGACAUGGGGAAAGAAGAGUAUGAUGACUUCGCGAAGGAGCUGAACCAAUAUCGGAGGGCAAAGGAGGGGUCGCACAGGGGGCGAGCAGGAGGUCGUGGCCGAGGACGAGGCUACCGUGGCCGUGGAAGAGGAGGGAUGAGAGGAAGAAGCAUGGGUCGAGGUAGCCGUGGCAGGGGAAGAGGAGGAGAGCACCCUGAGGAGGAGGAGGAGGAAAUGUAUGAAGAGGAAAUGGAGUAUUGUGAAGGAGAAGAGCCCGUGGGCGAGGAGGGAUACGACGACUACUCCAAGGAACUGAACCAGUAUCGCAGAAGCAAGGAGGGGAGGGGCAGAGGCAUGGGGCGUGGCCGAGGGCGUGGCUCCAGGGGGCGAGGAGGCAAGGGCAUGGGCCGAGGAAGAGGCCACCGAGGAAGAGGAGGAGGCAUGGGCAAAGGAGGCGGGAUGAACGAAGAGGACGACUACUACGACAACGACAUGGGGGAUGGUGGCGGUGGCAGUGGAAAUUACAGGCGGAACGACCACGAUAAGUCCCACCAGCAAUCAGAUAAGAAAGGGAAAGUUAUCUGCAAAUAUUUUGUAGAGGGACGUUGCACCUGGGGGGAACACUGCAACUUCAGCCAUGAUAUUGAGCUACCAAAGAAACGGGAACUGUGCAAGUUUUACAUCACUGGUUACUGCGCCAGAGCUGAGAACUGUCCCUACAUGCACGGGGACUUCCCUUGUAAGCUCUUUCACACGACGGGGAAUUGCAUCAACGGGGAUGACUGCAUGUUCUCCCAUGAGCCACUCACUGAUGAAACACGGGAGCUUCUGGAUAAGAUGUUGGCGGAUGAUGCUGAGGCAGGAGCAGAAGACGAGAAGGAAGUGGAGGAGCUAAAGAAACAGGGCAUCAAUCCCUUGCCAAAGCCCCCUCCUGGGGUGGGAUUGCUGCCCACCCCCCCUCGGCCACCGGGACCACCAGCCCCAACGUCUCCCAAUGGCCGGCCGAUGCCUGGAGGCCCCCCUGCUCCACCCCCGCCGCCCCCCCUGCCGCCCCCCGGGCCGCCCCAGAUGCCGCCUCCAUUGCACGAGCCCCUUUCACCUCAGCAGCUGCAGCAGCAGCAGGACAUGUACAAGAAGAUUCCCUCGCUCUUUGAGAUUGUGGUGAGACCCACGGGGCAGCUGGCGGAGAAGCUGGGCGUGAGGCACCCAGGCAUGUCUCCGCCUCGGUUCCCUGGGCCUGGGCAUCCCGACCUGCCGCCGGACCUGCCCCCAGACAUGAUCCCUGACAUGCUUCCUGACAUGUGCCCUGACAUGCCCAUGGGGCCGGGGAUGAACUCAGGCCCUCCCAUGGGCCCCGGGCUCCCAAUGAUGCCCUUCGGCCCCGAGGAGAUGCCUCCCGGGCCCCCCGCACAAGACUUCUAUGACAAUUUCUACCCGCAUCCGGAAGGUUUGGAGAUGGACCCCAGCCUGAUGGGGGGCCCAGAGGGGGGCUACGGGAGCUACGAGGAGAUGCACGAGCUGCCCGGGGAGAACGUCUUCCCUGACCCCUCCCUAGAGCCGGAUCCCUUCUGCGACGGAGGGGUCUCCAGGCUGCAGAACCCGCCCAGCAACGUCCCUGACUUCCUGCCCUCCACUCAGAGAGCCCUGUACCUGCGCAUCCAGCACAAGCAGCAGGAGGAGGAAGAGAGGGCCCGUCGGCAGGCGGCGGAGGGAUGCAAGCAGGAACGGGAGCAUGAGGAAGGCGAUACCGGCAACUGGUAUUCCAGUGAUGAGGAUGACGGCAGCAGCAGUGUCAGCUCCAUCCUGAAGACGCUACGGCAGCAAAGCUCCAGCAGGACCCACGAGGACCCGGCCAACAACGCCAGCCCUGCCUUGGGCAGGACUGACCCUCGCCUGCAGAAAAACCAGCCAUCAGGGAGCGGCCGGCCGGCCGACCCUCGUCUCCUGCGUGAUCCCAGACUGUCUCGAAACGCGGAGCCUUCUGCUCUGCCUGGCGCUGGAGAUGUGGGGCCCACUGACCCGCGACUGGCGCGGCACGCUCUCCCCUCGGCACCUAAGCCGGACCCUCUGCGUUCCAGCCCCACCGCCGGUCAGAAGGCUGCUGCUGUUCCUGAGGAGGAGGAGGGGGAGCAGCGGGCCCUCAGGGACAAGCCGGUCACCAUUCCUCUGGACGCGCUGCCCAGCCACACCCUCCGGGACCCCCGCAGCCAGCUGCAGCAGUUCAGCCACAUCAAGAAGGACCUCCUCCUCCUCAAGCCCAGUUUUGCCCGCCUGGUGCUCUGGAGCCCCGAGGACUUGAUCCCCCUGCCCGUCCCCAAGCAGGAGUUUGUCCCUGUCCCACCUGCCCUCCAGCCUCUGCCUGCUCUCGACCCGCGCCUGAACCGGCCCCAAAACACCAGCCUCGCAGACCCUAGGCAGCGGGUGGCAGCCCCCGCAGAGCCCGCUGCCAGCCCUGGUUCCAGCCUGCCAGACUUUGAGCUGCUGUCCAGGAUAUUGAAGACGGUCAACGCAGCCGGCGGCAGCCCUGGCCCAAGCGACAAGCCCAGCGAUCCCCGGACGCGGAAGGCCCCUGCAGACCCCAGGCUGCUGAAGACCUCCGAGCCUGCGCCCUCGGGGGGGCCCUCAAAGCCCACUGACGCCGCCGGCACCCCGUUGCCAGCUGGGCCCGUUGCUGGCUCCGAGGCCGCGGCCCCCAGCAUUGCUCCGUAUGACCCCCGGCUGCUGACCGCAGGGGGGCUGAGCAGAGGCCCCGGCCAGAGCAGCGUUCUGAGCGGGAUCAGCCUCUAUGACCCACGGACCCCCAGCUCAGGUGGCAAGGCUGCAGAGUGCGCUGGCGAGGGGAGCCCAGCUGCCAAGGCCUCCGACGGAAGCAAAAGCGGAGGCCGGGGGAAGGAGCCGCUGUUUGUGCGCCGUUCGGCGCUGGACCAGCUGGAGAUGGAGAAGCCCAGCGCAGAACCUGCCACCGACCGGUACAACAGCUACAAUCGGCCUCGGCCCAAGGUGGCAGCUGCUGCCGCCACUGCCACCGCCACACUUGCUACAGAGACUGCCACGCAGCCUGGCGUUCACAACCUCCCGGUGCCCCCGGUCUAUGGCAUGGUGAAGCAGGCAGCUAAGUCUGGGGCAGGAAGCCCAUUUGCUGGGAAUAGCCCUGCCCAGGAGGGAGACCUACAGGACGCUGGCUCCUUAAAGGAUGUUUUUAAAGGCUUUGACCCAACUGCCUCCCCGUUCUGCCAGUAGUAUUAAAAGACUUGCACGUGCAGACGGGUGUUCCAGAGAAGCAGCAGUGUUCAUAACUUUUUUAUUCCAUUAAUGCAUCCCUUUGCCAUAUCACUUGUAUAUACGUCCUUUGGGUUUUGCUCAGUGCUGUAGUGCGUAAUCUUCAAGCGACUUUGUAAACAAGUAAUCAGAGUAACUCAAGUAGUACUAGCCAGUAUUGUGUGAUGCCCCAAGAGUUCCUUCUUGGACUUUUUUGAGGUCCGCCUGAAAUCAUUCAGUGUCUUCAAAUCUUCUUUUGAAAUCUGGGCCAGCUAAGUCCCACCAACCCAGAGCCCUUUCUGUGCACAGUGGGCCACGUCUGACCCCCACCGGCUUCUCCUCUUCAGCACGGUCUGUGAGGAGGAGGAGAGACUGGUGAAAGAAAGACAGUUCCUACCUGUAGCGUAAAGGGAUGAAGCUGUCAGCCAUGCUGAUCUGUAGAAUAUAUGUAUCUUCAUUUCCGAACUGUAACAAAAUAUGUGUAUCAUAGCCUUUUAAAAAAAAAAUCUAGUGAAAAUUGCCAUGGAGAAAUAACCAUGUUGGAUUAUUUUUGUAAUUGUCUUGGGUUUUGUUUUAAGUACCUGUUUUCCUGCCAUUUCCUUGAGGUUGCUGGAUGAUGAUGAUGAUGAGAUCCAGCUGGGCUAGAACAAGGUGGGGGCUACGCUGGGUGGGUGGGUCCUGCAUUCUACCAAAACAGAGUUUGUAGUUUUGAAAUUAAAUUAUUAAUAUCCCUCUGGA